AUGUUCGCCACUACCCGUGAUUGGGUUUUCCCAAAGUACGACGAGGAAGGCUGGCAGGUCUGCUUCAGCGGCGCGAGAAGACACAAGGUGCUCGUUUCGACGCCAGAGAAGUUCAUGUUCCGUUGCCAGUAUAAUCCUAAAGACCCUAUCACUGGGGCUGGCAAGCUGAGCAGUGACUGCGUCUCAAAUGAGCUGUCCGACAUCUUGCUGAUCGCUGCAUCAGUGGCAUUUCCUCCGCUUCACUGGCACCGAGAUCAGACUGAGUACUUCGACAUUAUCCAAGGACGCGUGGGCUAUGUACUUGAUGGUCAAGAAGGCUAUGCGUCAGCCGGAGACCAAGUCGUUAUACCUUCCGGGGCCAUCCACACUUUCUGGUGUGAUCCGACGUCAGAAAAGGACCUCAUUAUGGACAUCACCUCCAAGCCAGGCCAGGGACUGGACGAGGCCUGGAUCAACAGCACGUACGGCAUCAUGGAGUCCCACUAUCGCGCCAACAUCCCCGUGAGCUUUUCGCAGCUCAUGGUCAUGUGGGACAAGGCAUCCUCGGUCCCGGGAGAAUACCCGCGCAUCCUGGGCCUCGCCAUCGUGUUCUUCUUCGGUCACAUCAUCGGCAGGCUCGCGGGAUACAAGGGUUCUUACCCCGUCUACUCUGGUACGCCGACCGUCUCUCGAGCUCUCGGAGCAAAGCCAGGCUCACACAAUUGA